AUGGGAGAAGGGAAACGGUAUAUUUCGAAUGAAUUUCUGGAAGAAUUUGAAGAUAAUGAGGAAAAUAUAAUUUUAAUAAAAAAUAAAAUUAACGAAUAUUCAUUUAGAUUAAAUAGUGAAAAUGAGAAGCAUGCAAAUCAGUCAAUUUAUUGUGGAAUUGGUGGUAUAUUAUAUAUGGAUAUAGUAUUAUAUGAGUAUAACAAUGAUUAUAUAUAUUUAGAAUUUGGUAAUAAUAUAUUAAAAAGAAUAAAUAAUUAUACUUGUAAAAACUGUAUAAGUUUUUUAGAAGGAAAUAUUGGUGUAAUUAGUUUAUCAUGUAUUUUAAAUGAAUAUAUAGAAAAUAAUAAAAGUGUAGAUAUAAAUAUAAAAGCAUUAAUUCAAAACUUAAAAGAAAAUUCAAAAGAAUUAUUACAAAUAAAUAGUAAUUGUGAAUUAUUAUAUGGGAAAAGUGGAUAUAUAUAUUCUCUUUUAUUUUGUAAAAAUGCAUGGAUAAAUACUAAAUUCAAAUUUUUUAUAUUAAAGAAUUUAUAUAAUAUUAUGAAUUCAAUCAUUGAAUAUGGUUUAACAAAAGCUGAAAAACAUUUUAAUAAUACAUUCCUUAGUUUAUAUUUCGAAUGGCAUAAACAAGUAUAUUUAGGAAGUGCUCAUGGGUAUGCAGGUAUAUUUUUAAUAUUAUAUAAGCUUAUAAUAUUUUUCUUUAAAUAUAUUGAUGAUUUGUCCAUAUCAUUAAUUUUAUGUUAUAAUGACGAAUUAAUAAAUUUAAACGAUUUAGAUAAAAAUGAAAUAAAUAAAUGUAAAAGUGCAGUUAUUUCAAAACUUAAUGAAAAUAUAAAACUUAUAUAUAAAGUAGUAAAUGAAAUAUUGCAAUUUUAUUUAACCGACGAAUAUAAUGUCUAUUCAUCAGUUAGAAGGAAAAAUAAAAGUCAAGAAAAAGAUAAUGCAAUCGAUAAUUCUGAUAAUUUAAAAAAAAAAAAAAAAGAGCAAUUAAUUCAGUGGUGUCAUGGGAAUGUAGGAUUUAUUAUUCUUUUGAUUGAAUUAUUAAAAUAUAAAUAUGUACCAAUUUAUUUUAAAGACAAAUAUAAUCACAAAUUUUUAGAAAAAAUGGGUUUUUUAAUUUGGGAAAAAGGUUUAUUAUAUAAAGGAUUUGGUUUAUGCCAUGGUAUAUCUGGUAAUGGAAUUGCUUUUUUAUAUUUAUAUAAUUUAACAAAUGAUAAAAAAUGGUAUAUUAUGGCAUUAAAAUACGCUCUUUUUUCUAUCAAAUAUUUUGAUAAAUUUUAUAAUAUUCCAGAUAGGCCUAAUUCAUUAUAUGAGGGUUGUGCGGGAUUGAUAGUUUUUUUAUCAUUUGUUUUGAAGCCAAAUUUGACAUAUUUUCUUGGAUAUGAUUUUCCAAAUAGUAUUGUUUCUACUGAUAUGUAA